UUUCCUUCUUCGUUCCAUGCGUAAGGGUUUUUUUCGGUUCGAUUGGAGAGGGAGGAGAACCGAAGACUUCAUUCCCCAGCCCAACUCCAUCGCACCUCAGCUUCACCAGUUCUUCAUUCCUGCAAUUCCAUCAUAAUUUGAAGAUUGUUUCUCAGUGUCUGCCUACACACUGAUAUCUAAUCAUCUACUUACAAAGAUCAAAGUAAUGGGCAAGAGGGGGAAGCAGCAGUACAAACACAAAGACAACAGAAACCCUAAGAGAGCCCGAGAUGAACAUUUUGCGGAGGAAGAUAUGGAUGAUGAAAUAGAUGCCUUUCAUAAACAGAGAGAUAAAGUCCCAUUAGAUGUCAAUGGUGAUCUUGGGGUAUCUGAUGAGGAUAAUGAAGAGCCUGUCUUUGAUGUGGAGGACGAUGAGGAGGAUGAUAACGAUGAUGUUGAUGAUGAUGAUGACACUCCACUUACAGGCCUUGCUGCAAAAAUUGCAAGGCAACAGAAGUAUUUACGGCAAAAGAUUGGUGGAGUUGAGGAUGAAAUGCAUGAUGAUGUUGAAGAGGAGGAAGAUAAAAAGGCAGUAUGGGGUAGAAGAAAGAAUUUGUAUUAUAGUGCAGAUAAUGUUGAUUAUGAGCUACAAUCAAGCGAUGAAGAACUCCCAGCAGAAGAGGAGGCAGAAGUGUUGAGAUUGCAGAAAGAGAGAGCAAAAUUUCUUUCGGUGGAAGACUUUGGCCUUGAAGAUAUUCAACAAGAUCACAGUGAUUCUGAUGCAGAACAGAAAACUCUGGAGGAUACUUUUGUCAAGGGCCAAGUCAAAUCAAAACUUCAUGCUGAUAAAGAUGUUAAAGAUGAGACAGACAUGGCUUAUGAGGAGGUGAAGAAAGAUGUCAACGCUUUGUCGAAAGAGGAGCAAAUGGAUGUCGUAUAUAGCUCUGCUCCAGAAUUAAUUGGUUUACUGUCAGAACUGAAUGAUGCACUUGAUCAACUUGAAAACAAAGUGACUCCACUCCAAAACAAGGUGAGAGAGAGCAAAACAAAUACUAAAGGAGGUAUUCACUAUUUGGAGGUGAAGCAGCUUUUAUUGUUGACAUAUUGCCAAGCUAUUGGAUUUUAUCUUCUUCUCAAGUCAGAGGGCCAUCCCGUUCGUGAUCAUCCUGUCAUUGCUCGCCUUGUAGAGAUCAAGAACUUGUUGGAUAAGGUGAAAGAGCUUGAUGGAAAUCUUCCUUCUGGAAUCGAAGGGUUUCUUAAACAAGAUGAUACUGAAUCAGUAGGACAUAUGGUCAAAGAAAAUGUUGCGUUAGCAUCUGAUCCCCCCAAAAUGGAAGUGCACCAUAUUUCUGCUUCUGUUAAGUCAAAUCAAGCAGCAUUGCCUGAUAAUACAACUGAGUUGUUAAAGGUAGGCUUGCUGAGGGAUCAUGGUAGCAAGCAAGAGAAACAUAAGCAGCAGAAUGAUCAAAUUGGCUUACAAAGUAUGGAAAUGCUGAAAGUAAGAGCAAGGCUUGAAGAAAAACUGAAGCAGGGAAAAUUCAGUUCUCUACCAAAAUUUGACAGAAAUCACGGGCAUGUUGAGAAAUUUGCAAACCGGCAGCUUGAAACAUUGGAUGACUUUGAUGAUGAGAUUAUCAAUAAGGAAGGGGGAAUGCAGGGCUUAAGUAAUGGACAUGCAGGUUCGUUGCUUAAAUUGCAACAAAUUUUUACUGAAAAGGUCAACAAAGCCAAGAUUGUUUCUGGAGAUGCUGAUUUACCUAAGAGGGAAGACAUUGGAGAAAGGCGGAGGAAGCAUGAACUCCGUGUUUUGGCAAAAGCAGGAGUUGAUUCUGUGGAUGAUGAUGAUCUGAGACCUCAGAAGGCUGAGGAAACUGAACCAAUGGAUACAGAUGUUGAGGAGGAUCAAAUACAAGAAUCGGAAGAUGAAUUCUAUAAGCAAGUGAAGCAGCAACGGUCUGCAAGGCUUUCUGCUAAAGCAGAGUUGUAUUCAAGAACUCCAACUGUACCUUCGUUGUCAGAAACAGGGGUGGUGGAUGGUAAACGACAGAUUACAUAUCAGAUGGAGAAAAAUAGAGGGCUCACUCGUGCUCGAAAGAAGCUUACCAAGAAUCCAAGGAAGAAAUACAAGUUGAAGCACCAGAAGGCAGUGAUACGAAGAAAAGGGCAGGUGCGGGAGAUCAAGAGGCCUAGUGGAUCUUAUGGUGGGGAAGCCUCUGGAAUCAAUGCUGGAAUCAGUCGUAGCAUCAGAUUCAAGAACUGAUCGACUUAAUAGAUUCCUUUACGGAGUUGUUCUGGUUUGUCUGUAAACUUUGAGAAAGGUAGAAAGAAAAAGUACYGUCUAUUAGCAUGGCCCCAAAUGAAAAUUUUGAUUCUUUGUAUUUAAUGAUAUUUCAAUGAAACUGUCUUCGUUUUCCAA